UUCACUCUGGCCUCCUCCUGUCUUCGCUCGCACAAGCUGCUGGUAACAAAGGAGAGACAACAGUGAAGGGAUGUUCGGUGCCUUCGCUUCCACUUCCACGGACAGACAUACGGCCGUUUUAAACUCUGGACCCGGCUUUAUUGAUUUCCCACCAAGGUUUUAUAGUGUCUCCGAAGAGUUUUUAUUCUAAAGACGUGGUUUAUAGGUUUCCAGUCUGAGCCGAGUUUACUGGACUUUCAACGACUGCCGACCCCCAAUGAUUGAGCAUUGAUUUUUGAGGGAUUGAUAAAAAUGGGAAUGAUGUCACACAUACGUUGACAUGGAGCUUCGAACCCUGGCCUGGAGGUGAACCCACCACUAAAGAGGACCUCAGCUCCUGCCACCAUGUCUGUGCAGAAUGCAUCUGAGCACACUGUGGUCCCCCUGGCCAAACCCAAACCAGAAAUUCCUCCUAAACCAUCAACACAGGCCAUCUCCUCUCCUGAGGUGGAAGUCAAAAGCAGCACCUUGCCGGCAUCUGACGGAAAGGUCAAGCGCAUUGUAAACAAGUUUAGCAAAAAGGAGGAUGCUCCUAUUGAAGUUAAGGAGAAAAGGGCUAUUGGUGGAAGUGGUAAUCGGCACAAAAGACUGCCAACUGUCAAACCAAAACCAGGCCGUGCCAGCCUGCAGCUUCCGCUCUCAGAAGAGCAGGCUCCUCCACUUCCUAUGAAGAGGAGUCGCAUUCUGAAGAGACAGACCGAGAGUGAUGGGACGGAGGACAGCAGCCUUGCUGAUGGAGGACGAUCAGAACCAGAUGGCAAAGAGUUUGAGGUCCCGUCAAUGGAUGGAGGAGAGGCCGUGGUGGAUGUCAGUCCACAGACCCCCCUCAGUCCCUGCUGCGUCCCCGGUUGCAGCUGCAUCUGUCACCUGCAGAGACCCGGAAUGAAACUGGUAUGGGUACCAGUGGAGCUUGAAGAUGGCGGUGAUGAGGAGGAAGUGGCGGAGCCAGAUGGUGCUGAUGUGGAGGACAGCUUGGGGAAUGAGGAGGAAGAGGAGGAGGGGCAUCAGACCGACCCAGGUGCUGGAGAUGAGCUGGACUUGAAUCUCGAGGACAUCCAAUUAACUCAAGAGAAAGUGAAGUUUGUCCACUCUCUGGCUGUUUUGAUCGGUGAAGGUCACAGGAGAAGAUCAGACCCGGGGCCUCACGCUGCUCUCGCUUCCCUCGCUGUCACUCGCUCCCAGUCACCUCCCGUUCCUCCCAAACAAUCGCACGUGGUGCAGCCGAGAGAAACUGACAGCGAAGAGGAGGGUAUUUAUGAGGCCACUCUGCCCAUUGCUACCUCCAAAUCAGCAUCUUUGUGUAAGGAACUUGAUAUUCCUCUCAUAAAAGUACGCAGACCUGCCCGUCGUUCCAAACUCUCCUAUAGCACCUCAGACCCGACCUCAGAGUUUCAGAACGAGGAAGAGCUCCCACCUGCAAUACCGCCAAGGGUCCCACUGUCUCAGGACGGCCUCACAUCAGGCCACUACACUGGUCUGCCUCUGCCUCAGCCCACACUCAACGAGCUGCAUCCUUUACCUCGUCCCUCGUCCCCCAAUAGCAUAUGCAGCCACAGCCCCCUACGGGCUCUGACUCCCCCCACAGGGAGUCCCAGGGUUCCUCACAGAGCCCCGCCGCCUCCACCAAAAUCAGAUUCAAGAAGGCUCAGCAGCGCCUCCAUGCAGUCCAUCACCUCCAAAAAAGAAGGUGAUGCAGAAGAAGAGAAAGAAGAAACGAAUUCAGAGUCAGAUGACGCAAUGUUCAGCUGGGAGUCACGUCUGCAAGACGAGCCGCUGUACCAGACCUACAACGCCACCGUCAUCACCAAAGAGAUCCGACGUCAAACAGUGUUUCGUAAUAUCAGUAAGACGAGCGUCGACUACCCGGCCGACUGGACUGCCCGCCAGUCAGGGACAGGAGCCGCCAGCGCUGCCCCUGCAGAGAAUGGAGGGCGCAGAGGGAGUCCAGUUCCUCCACCAGGACAGAGUACGCUUUGGCAGGACCUUCCUGAUGUACGGGACAGUGGCGUGCUGGACCAGCUGAGCCCUGAUCAGUGCAAGUACCAGGAGAGUAUGUUCGAGGUUAUGACAUCAGAGGCAUCUUACCUCCGCUCACUGAGAGUCCUGACAGAACACUUCCUGGAAAAUCGGGACUUGGAAGAGACACUAAUCAUGAUGGACAGGAAACCCUUGUUUUCCAACAUCCUGAGGAUCCGAGAGGUCAGCGAGAGGUUUCUGAAGGACCUGGAGGACCGGAUCUUUGAGAGGCCAGUGUUCUCUGACAUCUGUGACAUCAUCCAUUACCAUGCUCAGCACAACUUCCCAGCUUACAUCGACUACGUCAGGAAUCAAACCUACCAAGAGAAGAAGUACUCCACCCUCAUGAAGGAAAAUGUGCAGUUUGCUACGGUCAUCAGUCGUCUCCAGGAGUCACCUCAGUGCCAGCGCCUGCCCUUCAUGUCCUUCCUGCUGCUGCCUUUCCAGAGGAUCACUCGCAUCAAAAUGCUCACUGAGAACAUCUUGAAGAGAACAAAAGCGGGGACAAAGGAGGAGCAGAUGCCCGCCAAAGCUCUGGACUCCAUGUCAAAGAUCAUCGAUGAGUGCAACUCAGAAGUUGGAAAGAUGAAACGGAUGGAAGAGCUGGUGCAAGUUUCUCAAAGCCUGGAGUUUGACAGGCUGAAGGCGAUCCCAAUCAUCUCUCCGACUCGAUAUCUGGAGAAGAAGGGGGAGCUGCAGGAAUUGUCCAAGGGAGCCACCAUCUUCAACAUGAGAGCCAAGUUUUCCUCCGUCUUCCUCUUCCUGUUCAACGAUCUGCUCAUCAUCACCACUAAGAAGGGUGCGGAGCGUUUUGUGGUUCAGGACCACGCGCAUCGCUCCCUGGUGCAGGUGCAGCCUUUUGAAGGUGCUGGGAGUAGCAGUGGCCCCUACCUGCACUGCUUCAACCUCACGCUGUUGGAGAACCACCAGGGACGCAUGAUGGAGCGUCUGCUCAAAGCCCCCUCACAGUCAGACAUGCACAGGUGGAUGGCCGCCUUCCCGAACCCCACCAACCCAGACAGAGUUGAAGAUGAAGUCAUAUAUGAGGACUGGGACUGCCCACAGGUGCAGUGUGUGGAGCAGUACGUAGCGCAGCAGGCAGAUGAGCUCACCCUCGAGCCCACGGAGAUCGUCAACGUUAUCCGAAAAACCAACGAAGGCUGGUAUGAAGGGAUCCGGUUGUCAGACGGUCAGAAAGGAUGGUUUCCCGUCUGCAACGUCAUCGAAAUCACAAACGAGCAUGUGAGGCGACGGAACCUGAGAGAACGUUACAGAGUCAUUCAGGCUGCCAGCGUUGUAACCAACAACAAGAUGCGCUCCAUGAAUUAGGACCAAGAGACUUCAUUGGUCAGGGCUGCUGCGUGUCGGUGAGAGGAAACGUGUAUUUUCAUACGCCUCUGCGUGCCACUUGUUGGGCCAUGAUGUCAUCAGAGCAGAAGAUAUGACAAGUAUCUCGUAAGAGACUCGCUCAACAAAAGGAACUCUUGUAACUCACAAGGUCAAACAGGAAGUGCCUCUCUUAAAACCCAAGCUCAGUUUGCGUGAAGGUACCAGUGAAAACACGUUUACAGAUCUGUGUGCGUUUGUCUCGAAGCCACUGUGGAUGUACAGACUGUUGUCAAUGAUCACCUCCUUCUGAAUAACAGUGGUGCUUUUAAUAAAUCUGUCUUUUUAGGAAGUGACUGGUUUUCAUGGUGCAACACUUGUUUUUAAGAGUGCACAGGUGACAUGGCUGUCAACGCUCCGUACUGGAUGGAACUCCUGAGGGAGGGAGGGAAAGCUGAACAGGAAAUGGUGACAUGCUGACUAACCUGCAACUUCAAAAUAAAGGUGUGACGCUAAAGAUGAGCUAUGCAGCGUCCACCGGACAGAGAGCC